UUGAUUCUUCCCCUUAUCCUGCGCACCCUCUAUACUACCAUGUCAUGUAGAGACAAAUUCCACUCACAAAAAGACUUACAUUACACACACACUCACCCAUCUUCAAUUAAUUUCACCAUUUUCAUUCUCUAAACUUUGAACCAUAAUUCCAAAGAAAUCCAACCAAGAGCCAACAUGUCAUCAAGUGGAGCCAUUUGGAGCUAUGAAGAAGAAAAAGCAUUUGAGAAUGCUAUAGCCAUGCAUUGGAUUGAAAAAGAAGAUUCAAAAGAACAAUGGGAAAAGAUUGCUUCAUCUGUCCCCAACAAAAGUAUGGAACAAGUGAAACAACAUUACCAAGUAUUGGUAGAUGAUGUUAGUGCAAUUGAGGAAGGUCAUGUAUCAUUGCCAAAUUAUGCUAAUGAAUUAGAAACUAUUAAUUCUUCAAACAAAGAUUCUUCCAAGGCCACCACAAGUUCAGAUAAAAGAUCAAGUUGUAAUUUUGGAAGUGGGUUUUCUGGUUUAGGACAUGACUCCACCCACCAUAGUAGUGGUAAAGGUGGAUUGUCAAGGUCAUCAUCAUCAUCAGAACAAGAAAGGAGAAAAGGAAUUCCAUGGACAGAAGAAGAGCAUAGGUUAUUUUUACUUGGUUUAGACAAAUUUGGAAAAGGAGAUUGGAGGAGCAUAUCAAGGAAUUUUGUGAUAUCUAGGACACCAACACAAGUAGCAAGUCAUGCACAAAAGUAUUUCAUUAGGUUGAAUUCAAUGAAUAGAGAUAGAAGAAGGUCUAGUAUCCAUGAUAUUACUAGUGUUAACAAUGGAGAUGUUGCUAGUAAUCAUCAAGCACCAAUAACAGGUCAACAUGGUAACACACUCCCUUCAAAUACAAUGGGUUUAGGACAAUCAAUGAAGCAUAGAGUUCAGCCUCAUCAUCCUCCUGGUGGUUUAGGAAUGUAUGGAGCACCAGUUGGACAUCCUUUUGUUGCUCCUCCUGCUCAUAUGGCAUCUGCAGUUGGGACACCUGUUAUGCUUCCACAUCAUCCUCAUCAUCAUCCACCUUAUGUUGUACCUCUUGCUUACCCUAUGGCACCUCCAACAAUGCACCAAUGAUAACUCCUCUUUCUUUUUUUUCUUUUUUUUUUGUCGAAAAUAAAGUUUAGGAGAGUUGGAUUUUGGAGGCUCAUCAGGGUUGGGGAAAGUCUCAAGACUCAGAGUGUAGUGACAGAGGUACUUACAUAUUUAACACCAAUGAGAUUCUCACAUCGACAGCGGAAUUCAAAGUUAGAUUCUUGUGAGAUUUAGGUUGAAUUCUUACCAACUGAACCAACCAAUGUUGGCUCAACUCCUCUUUCUUUUAUUUGUUGUUAGUUUUAAUGAGGAUUUAAAGAAAAAUCCUCUUUUAUGUGGAAAGUUAAGUCACAACUUUGCUAUGCUAAAUUUGCUCUAGUUAAUUUACUCAAAAAGAAUUUGAGGAAUUCAAUAAUGGUACUAAAACUAAGUAUACACUAUGUUUUAGUUGAUUUAGUAGAUUUCCUUAUUAGGUGGUGGGUCUUGGUGUAUAUGUACAUAGAUAUGAUUAUAUUAAAUUCCAAGGAAAGUAAUGAACUUCUCUUUGUUGCCAAGAUUAUGA